GCCCCGGUCCUUCGGGGCCGGCCCGCCCUGCCCCGGGUUAGUCCGCCUGCAUCCAGACUGGGGCCGGUAGGGAGAGGUGGGAGCGGCCGGGCCGGCCCCGGGCUAAGGCAUCCGCUCUGAGCCCAGCCUUCAGCCAUGGCGCACCCCCUGGAUCAGGCUAUUGGCCUCCUGGUGACCAUCUUCCACAAGUACUCCGCUCACGAGGGAGACAAGAACACUCUGAGCAAGGGUGAACUGAAGGAGCUGAUCCAGAAGGAGUUCACCAUUGGCACAAAAUUGCAGGAUGCUGAAGUUGCAAAGCUGAUGGAUGACCUGGACCGGAACAAGGACCACAUGGUGAACUUCCAAGAAUAUGUCACCUUCCUGGGGUCCUUGGCCUUGAUCUACAGUGACAUCCUCCGGGACUGAAAAUAAAUCGGGAAGAUGGAAACACCCUCUAGCUGGCCUGUCGAGUGGUGGGUAAUUGUACAAUAAAUUUUUUUUUUUUUUUUGGUUAAAUCUA